UGCGAACUUCGUCACCUAUAUUCUUCAUGCACGCAAGCGUAGGCCUAAAUGUGUGCAUGAAUGACGUCGGUGCGUGUGUGCUGAUACCGUGACAGGCGAGAUCGAUGAACGUCCGCGUGAUGUAACCAGACUGAGGUAGUUUGUUAUUAGCGUUCGAGCAGACAGUUUCACAGUUGCGAGCAGAAAGAUCCGGAAAUAAUCGAGCGACUUAUUCAAUAGAAUUUAGAGUUCGAUGUGAUGUUUGGUAGGCAUUUCACAAAAUUUUUGAUAUUUGCUAUUGUAUGCAACGUUUUUCUGCUCGCGGUAUUCUCAACGCUAAAUUCGAUAUCCGUAUUUAAACGAACUACAUCAAUCUUGAAGCCUGGAGUAUCGGGAAAGAUUUUAGUUGUCGAACUGAAUCGCACAGAACCCUAUAUUGUACCGAAAUUACACCAAAAUCCGCAGGCUGCCUUACUGGAAACAGAGCCUGCUAUCGAAUUCAAGCGAAUAAAAUGGCCUGGCCCAUUUGAAUUCAAAGGAGAGGAAAUAAUUUCACGAAGCUUAAAACUGGCCACCCAGAAUAAUUCAACCAACGUAACGGAGUAUGUAAUAGGCAUUACAACGAUAACCAGGCCGGGGGUGAGUUAUCUUCACAACACGUUACGGUCCUUAAUUAAUGGACUCGACGACUUUAGGAAUGUCACUAUUGCUGUUUACAUUGGCGAAGAAGAGCCAGAAGACGUCAAACUUAUAGAAUCUGGUCUUCAAGGGGAUUUCGCAAGUGAAAUAUCCUCUGGUCUAAUAAAGGUUAUAUCACCGCCGGAAAAUUUUUAUCCCGACUGGAAUGAAGAGUUGCGGCAAAGUUUUGGUGACUCCUUCCAGCGUGUCAAAUGGAGAUCAAAACAGAACUUAGACCAAAUAUUUCUCAUGACUUAUACCUACUACCUCAAUCCAAAGUAUUAUAUAAUGCUCGAAGACGACGUUUUGGCCUCAAAUGAUUAUCUUUCAAAAAUUAAUGCGGAUGCAGAAGCGAGAGCGGACGAAAAUUACGUUAUGAUUUCAUAUUGCCAACUUGGUGCCAUUGGAAAGUUACUAAGAAGAGAAAUUUUACCUUCAAUGAGCACAUAUUUUCGCCUUUUCUGGGCGGAUAAGCCUCUCGAUUGGCUCAUGUUGGACUACAUGAAGUCACGAGUCUGCAAUGACAGCAAAGGUGACAAAGAUUGUGCCGAGAAACUAAAAGAAAUUGAAAUUGUGUACAAGCCGAGUUUGUUUCAACAUGUUGGAUUAACGUCAUCACUGGAAGGAAAAAUCCAAAAACUGAAAGACAAAAAUUUUAAACCGUGAAGUUAGAUGAUAAGAGACCGGGACAUAAAAUAAAGAUAGAAGGGAAGAGUCGCUGCGAUGCAAUCUGAAAUUGCCCGAUGGUGGUGAUGAUAAUACAUGAAGUAGUUGCUAGACUAUAUUGACGAAAAAUGAAGAUUACGAAACAGGCUAUGUGGGAAUUUCAUACCUCGUAUAUAUAAUCUGAGGUUUUACUGCCUAAGCUGAUUGAAACCUCCUUUAUGAUAAUAUUUUCACGCUACCGAGAAAUUUGAAAUACAUUUUUGUCGACGCUUGUUAACGCAUUUCUAAAGAGUGCUCCCUCAAAGGGUUAAAAUUGACAUUCCAGGACGAUUGUAAGAAAAUGUCAUAGACCAGUAAGUAUCGUAAACCCAUACACCUAAAUAAUUCAGGUGGAUAUAUGAAUCUAUUAGCCUUUUUAACGGUAAACCUAUUUGUCUCUAAAUUCACAUUACGAGAAAAAUAAAUGCUGUGAACACGACUCUUUAACAAGAUCCCGUUGUCAUUGUAUAACCAUUAACUUUCUAUAUGACGCGAAAUCCAAUAACUUUUGUUUGGCGUAGUUAAGUGAAUGUGUUACGCGGUUUUGAUCGAAUAAUGGGGAAAAUAAAUUAUUUCGGACCGUCGCAUUUUCUCAAUGAAAAGCGUAGUUAUGAUGUCUUCAUUGUUAAAAUGCUUUUGUUAUCUCUUCAGAGAUUGGUGCUUUGGGUUACCGCCUAACCCGAAAUCAUUUGCCUGGCGCAAGCCCUUAUGUGGUGCUUCUUUAUUGGCAUAUUUAGCCAUUUCCUCUUCCGCGUGCUCAGUAUGAACCGUUAUAUUAAAUGAAAUAUUAUACUUCGAUAUCCCAUUUCAUGCUUGGGCCAUAUUAUGUUCUGUAUAAUGUAUGUCAAGUUAUUAUUGUAAAUGUUUGUCUAUGCAUAACUGUCACCGCUGUAUCAAAUAGUAUGUUAGCUCUGUACAGUAUGAUAAUGCUCUGUUUUAAUAUUUGUUAACAUAUAUGCGCAUGAAUGUCUGUCUUUUUACUUCGAAUAAAGUGUAGAAAAUAAGUUCCCUAAGUGAAAUCUAUUAAUGAUCGUCUGAUAAAAUACCAGAUCAAGUCGUUUUACAUUAUGAAUUCUGCAAAUUUGCGCACAUUGAUCAGUGUUAUUGUACCAGAUUCAACGUAAAGUAUCUCACAACAAUGCAUAUUCGUAUGUGGAACGAAGAGUCGAUUCUAACAUUCUGUGCCCUGUACCUCCAUAUUCACUCGUAGAUUUCAGUCUGUCAACUCCAAACUAUCAUUUCUUCACUGUUGGUAUGUCUUGAUAAUAAUGCCGGAAAUUGCAAUAAUAAUGCAAUAAAAUUUACCAUGUUUUAGUUCGUUUUUCUAGCUGUUUUAUCAAUCAUUAUAGACAUCAUUUUAUGGAAUAAUUCGUUGCAAACUGAGAAUUUCAUUUUGUAUAAAACCACGAAGGGUAUUUAUUUUAUGUUUAAUGACUUUAUAUCAUCAUCACGAAAUCAUUAUUUUUAUUAACCGUUACACAAACGGACAUAGUGUUUUGCGAAAUUGACCUUAUGGAAAUUCUAGAUUAUCAAACUAUUUCGAUAUGGACACCUUGAACUAGCACGUGGGUUUUAUAUCUACCUGAACUAAAGUUUAUUGAUUUUAACGAAAUUGUAAAACAGUUCUAUGCUUCAAAUCAUAUUUUCAUUAUAUGUCGCAUGAUGCUACUAUUCUACAUUUCCCUAUAUGACUCAUUUGUAUCUAUCUUCAUAUAUAUAUAUAUAUAUAUAUCCACCAGUUUUGAAUACAUCUCGUAUUACUGUGCAUUUAUGGGAACUAUUCUGAACAUUUUUCGUUAAAAUGACACACAUUGAUUGCAAACAUUGCACAUAGCAACUCGAACGUAAAUAUAAAACAAAUAAUGAAAAUUGGUAUAAAACAGUGUUUGUUCAACGUUUUGUUGGGUUUAGGUCAGUCCGUGUACAAAACCAAUAAAGGGCAUGUCCAUAUGUUUACGCUUUAUUUUAUUUUAACGAUCGAAUUCAGGUUACAGCACCAAUCAUUAACUGAGAUGGAUAAAAACAAGAGAGCAAUGCACCUAGACAUAGCACCUCUGUCAAAUAGCUACAUCGAAGAGGAGCUUAACUUUUAUGGCGAAAUUACCCAAUUUUCAACAACGUACUCACAGACCUGAUCGCUUCGCAAAAAAAUUUUGUGCUCGUUGUCAAGUGGUUAUAUGGAUCUUUUUUUUUAUCAUUCCAUCAUCUUGUUGUUCUUGUUUCAUAUAUCCGAAUAUCGGGGCAAUCGUAAGUGACCUCUAAAGUGGGAGGUUUUUUUUAUCGCGAACUGUGUACUGCGGUACCUGAUCUGGUAACACGAAAUGACUCGGAUCAGCGCCUAUUUCAAUUCACGUUGAAACUGAAUCAUGGAGAAUGGAUCAUCGUCACAGGAUCUGGAAAAGCUAUGACAGUCCCUGUACCGUUACCCUGGUACAGUUACCGCAUAUGAUUUUUGGGGAAUUGGUGAUAAAAUAUUUAGUUCUACAUUCAGUGUUCACGUAUUUGAGCAUAGCUCCCUUGUUAUCAAAUCGAAGAUUAUACAAUUUUUUUUAAUGCAAAUACACACUCUGCCUUUGUUAUGUAUCAG